GGCCCGGGCUGCAGCGGCGGAGCCGCGGUGUGUCUGCAGCAUCCUGUUUGCGCGUCUCCAGCCUGCAGCACGUCUCGGCUCUGUCUCCUCCCCUCUCCCGCCCUGGCGGGUCUCCCACGGCGAGCCAACUCCGCGCACUUUGCCCCUGGUUGGCAGCGAAUAAAAGGGGUCUGAGGAAAUACGGGACAUCCUCUGCCAGCUCUAGCCUUUAAAUCCCCAUCCCGGGUAGGUCCACGCACAGCAUAUCGGAUCCCGACACGGAACCGGUGCGCAUCGCGCAGAGAAGGGUUCGAGCGCCAGAGAAGGGAAGCGCCGCGGGUCACAGCGCAAACGCGGGCUCGGGAAUCGAAGCCUGUGUUCGGGCUGUCCCGAACCCUACGUUGCAAUCUCAGCCCCGGGAAAGUGAUCCCAGCAUCACAGAGCCCAGAUGCCGGCCCACUUGCUGCAAGAGGAGAUCUCCAGCUCCUACACAACCACCACCACCAUCACUGCGCCUCCCUCCAGGAUCCUGCAGAAUGGAGGGCGCAAAUUGGAGAAGCCUUCCCUAUACCUGGAAGAAGACAUCCGCCCUGAAAUAAGUGAUGACAUCCACGACCCAAGCUACAAAGAUCCUGAGGGCCCGAGGCCGAAGCUGGAGUAUGUUUGGAGAAACAUCAUCCUUAUGGGUCUGCUACACUUAGGAGCCCUCUAUGGGAUCACAUUGAUUCCCACCUGCAAGGUCUACACCUGGAUCUGGGGGUUUACCCACUAUUUGAUCAGUGCCCUGGGCAUAACAGCAGGAGCUCAUCGCCUCUGGAGUCACCGGACGUACAAAGCUCGGCUGCCCCUGCGGUUCUUCCUGAUCAUUGCCAACACAAUGGCAUUCCAGAAUGACGUGUUUGAAUGGGCCCGAGAUCACCGUGCUCACCACAAGUUUUCAGAAACAGACGCUGAUCCUCACAAUUCCCGACGUGGCUUUUUCUUCUCUCACGUGGGUUGGCUGCUUGUACGCAAACACCCAGCCGUCAAAGAGAAGGGUGGUUUGCUAGACUUGUCUGACCUAAAAGCUGAGAAGCUGGUGAUGUUCCAGAGAAGGUACUACAAACCCGGCAUCCUGCUGAUGUGCUUCAUUCUGCCCACUCUUGUGCCCUGGUGUUUCUGGGGUGAAACGUUUAUACACAGCUUGUGUGUUGCCACUUUCUUGCGUUACGCCGUUGUACUCAAUGCCACCUGGCUGGUGAACAGCGCUGCCCACCUCUAUGGAUAUCGCCCUUAUGACAACACCAUUAGCCCCCGAGAGAAUAUCCUGGUUUCCCUGGGAGCUGUAGGCGAGGGCUUCCACAACUACCACCACACCUUUCCCUAUGACUACUCUGCCAGUGAGUACCGCUGGCACAUCAACUUCACCACAUUCUUCAUCGACUGCAUGGCUUUCCUCGGCCUGGCUUAUGACCGGAAGAAAGUAUCCAAGGCUGCCAUCUUGGCCAGGAUUAAAAGAACUGGAGACGGAAGCUACAAGAGUGGCUGAGUUUUGGGUCCCUUGGGUUCCUUUUCCAAAAGCCAGCCGGGCAGAGGUUUAAUGUUCUGUUUAUUAACUACUGAAUAAUGCUACCAGGAUGCUAAAGAUGACGACAUUAACCCAUUCCAGUACAGUAUUCUUUUAAAAUUGAAAGCCAACAACUCUGCCUUCCUGACACUAAGCUGAUAUUCUUAUUUUUUCUCGUAUCUUCCCUCUCUUCUAGCCCAUCGUCCUUUUCUCUGCUUUGUUCGUAUCACUUCCCUUUCUCUCCUUGCUCGUUGCCUCUCAGGCAAGCUGGUCGUUCAUUGGGGGGUGUCCAGCUUCCAAAGCCUAGACAACCUUUCUGUAGUCCAGAGCUCAUGGACUUUGCCCCACAUAAAUCUUCCCUUGAGCCGUCCUGAGCCUCAGGAUGGGUAGCUCACACUAAAGGUAUGAUAAAAUCUUCUGGGAAGGCCCCUGUUAGUUAUCUUUAGCCCAGGCUUUUGUCAGUUGGAAUGGAAAAUAACUUUAUAGGGCACAAAGCUUCUAAAGCAGGUCAGGGGAGAGAGCUAGCAUGUAUGGUAUGAUUGAGAAAGUAAAGAUGGGGUGAGGUGGGAAUCAGGGCGAGAAGCUCCUGUUGUGAUUGGACGCACAGCUGCUUGCCUAGUGAGGACUUGGAGGGCCUCCCCCCACCCCCCAGAGGGCAUGCCUCCUUUCUCUCCUGACUGAAUAGGGAGCGGGUAUAGAGCUUGGCAAUACAAGAACAAAUCUCAAUGUCCCACUGUAGGUUAGGCUGAGGAUAAAGCAGCAGCAUUUAGUUUGUAGUAAAAAUGGUCUCUGCUGGGGAAGGAUUCUUUUUUUUAAUAAUAGCAAGAUUUCUUAUUCCGUAUGACAAGAAAUCUUGAGGUUGGUUGUUUCCAGAAUCAGUGAAUGUAGCAGAUCAUGGGAUCAUCAAAACUCUUUCAUCUUUCUGCUCUGCCACCUUCAGGAUACUGGUCAGCUCCCAUCAUAGUAAUAGGUGACUGGAGCAUUUCCGGACAUCCAACAAAGGAACAUGUUUGUGGCAUAGUGGUGAGCACAGCCACCUUCCAGAGAAGGAAGGAUUUUAAGAGGUGGGGUUGGGUCCAACAUAAAAAAAUAUACAUACAUACUUUGCUUGGAUUAUUAAAGUAAUUCCCUUAGAGGAUCUCCCUCUGACAGAGGGAUGCUUGAAGAAGAGGAAGACGAGGUGGGUUGUCUACUUUCCUCUCACUGCUGGACAGGAGAUGGAGAGGUUCCAGGGUAAGGUCUGUUGGCAGUUCCCGAGUUAACUUUACAGAAGAAGGGCUCUGAGAACACAUUGCUAGGGGAUCCUGAAGGUUACUGAGCAAGUUAUUGGCUGUCCUAAUUUGGAAAGUGGUUAUAUAGACAAGUUAAAUGUUAGGUUCAUUCAUUAAUUCCAGUUUCUCCUUGGAGUGAAUAAAAACUAGAAGGCUU